ACAAUACGUAUAUGCUGGAAAUAGAAACAACUCAAAAUAGAACACACAUAAGGUUGGUAAAGAUAUCCUCUUUUAACGAUUAGAGAGCAUUUCACGGACUUUAGGGUGGAGUGAUGUCGACCAGCAUCCCAUCUGGCCGAUUUACUCUUGGAAAAAGAUUGUUACUCAUUUGAACAGAAGGUUGAGAGAAUUUCAGAGGUAUCCUAGAGGCAAACCAGUUAGGAAAAAUGAUCGAGCGGUAUAAUGAACAUUCCUAGAAGGCUGAAUUAGGAAUACCGCAAGGACGAAACAACCGAUUAAAGCAUCACAAUAAUGCUUCCACUGCUCACUGACAGAAUGCAACAUAUGUAACAGUCUCAACAUCGUAGGGUGCGGAAUUAAGAAAGAAGGGCGAUAUUAGGCACAGUUCCCCUAAGUACUUCUCAAGUUAUGGAACUUGAAAGUUACAGUAUCAUCGGCAUCAGCGUACAAGGUAUACAGAAUGGAAGUUGCAUGAUCGGAUUUACACCUCUGUGCGUGCGUGCGUGCCUCGAUCACUACAAAAUGGCACAGUUUCAUUGAAUUUGGCCGGGACCGGAUUUUCAUAAGAUUUGUGUGGGGUCCUUUUUACUCUUUCAUCGAGCUUUACUCUUGUGAACCUACAGCGGCAGCUUGUGCACAUAAAAAAAGAUUGCAGCGACAAAGUUGUGUUGUAGAAAGCAAUAAUGGCAGCUUCCAAAAGAAAAAAAUAUUAUAAUUGGAUAUCUAAUUGUAAUCAAAUAAUUCGACGAAAAUGUCAAAUACAAUUUGAAAAUGAUAUCGUUUUUGUUAUAUUGCUAUCGACAUAUCAGAAACAAAAAAGACAUUAUUCGAAAAAAAAAUUUUGGGUCGCACCACUUUUUCAAAAUCAUAAUAAAUAUGGAUUUUACAAAGCUAUUUUACCGAAUGUGAGAUUAGAAAGUGCAAGAUUUCUGAAUUAUUUUCGUAUGUCAUCAACGCAACUGGAAAAUUUACUACAAAUUGUUGGACCGAAACUUCAAAAGCAGACACAUAUUAGAGAGCCUGUCAGUGCUGAAGAACGUUUGUGUUUGACUCUAAGAUAUUUGGCUUGUGGCGACUCAAUGGUAUCAAUAUCAUACCAGUACUUAUUAGGAUGUACAACAAUAAGUAAUAUUAUAUCCGAAACAUGUGAAGCAAUUUGGAACAUGUUGUGCCCAGUUGUCCUUCCAUCAUUUUUAACAAAGGAAGAUUGGCUGCGUAUUGCAGCAGAUUUUGAAAAUCAAUGCAAUUUUCCUCAUUGCAUUGGUGCCAUCGAUGGAAAACACAUUGUUAUUCAAUGUCCUGCUAAUGCUGGCUCUACAUAUUAUAACUAUAAACACAGCCAUAGUGUUGUUUUAAUGGCAAUAUGUGAUGCCAAUUACUUAUUCACAUUUGUCGAUAUUGGAGCCUAUGGAAGACGCAGCGAUGGUGGUAUUUUUAGAGAAUGUCAGUUUGGCAAAAAAUUUGAACAAAAAAAGCUAAAUGUACCAAAUGCAGAGACUAUUUUUGAAAAUGGUCCCAUACUACCAUAUUGCCUCGUUGGAGAUGAAGCAUUUCCUUUGAAGGAAUAUUUGUUGCGACCAUAUCCAGGAAGGGGCGGAUUAAAUAAAGAAAAAAAUAUAUUUAACUAUCGAUUGAGCCGUGCCAGACGCACUAUUGAAAAUACAUUUGGUAUUCUUGCCUCUCAGUGGCGAAUAUUAAGAAAACCAAUAAUCAGUACAGUAGAAACUGCAGAAAAAAUUGUGCAAGCCAUUGUGUGCUUGCAUAAUUGGUUAAGAAAGCAAGACAUAAACACUAAUGAAUAUAUAUCUGCAAGUAUAAUUGAUCAUGUAGAUCAUAAUGAUUUUUGUACUGCCUAUCGUGAAAUUCGUCGUACAGGAUCAUAUAUAAGUACUAAAUCAAGUAUAGAAAUAAGGGAAAAGUUUUGUACAUACUUUAAUAAUGAAGGAUCUGUACCUUGGCAAAAUGAUUAUAUCUAAAUAUGUUUUUCAAAAUACAAAAAAUAUGUAGCCUCGCAUAUAUUCUUUAUAUAUUUAGAUAUAUUCACUAUUGUUUAUAAGCAUUAACAAUAAAGAAUGUUGCA